AUGCAGAUUCCUUCUACAAACAUUUGUGAAAGAAUGGGUCGCUAUCAGGAGCUCAGUGAAUUCAAGCAUGGUAACGUGAUAGGUUUCCACCUGUGCAAUAAGUCUAUCUGUGAAAUUUGCUUGCUACUAAAUAUUCCACGGUCAACUGUUAGUGGUAUUAUAACAAAGUGGAAGCAACUGGGAACAACAGCAACUCAACCACAAAGUGAUAGGCCACAAAAAAAAAAAACAGAGCAGGGUCAGCCCAUGCUGAAGCACACAGUGCAUAAAAGUCACCCACUGUCUGCAGACCCAUUAGUUCCAGUGAAGGAAACUCUUAAGACGUCAACAUACCAAGACAUUUUGGACAAUUUCAUG